CGCAAAGGAGCCCGCGCCGGCCCCGGUGCCCAGCUCCGCGCCGCGCGGACCCACCGAGCCCGCGCUCAGACGCCCCAGCUCCGCCGAGAGGCCGCUUGCGCCGGGUCCUUCUUCUUCCUCAAGUGCAGGCAGAGCCCCCGGAGCCAUGGCCAGCCCUUCCGGCAGCUCCAAAGCCACUGGCAAGCCCCAAGGCAGGGAUGGCCGGCCCAGGAGGGAGGAGGACGAAGUCCCUCCCGAAGAGAAGAGGCUGCGGCUCUUGCUGGAGGGGGGAAGCGCACUGCCCCAGGACCGCGAGGACGGGGAGGACGCGCCGCGGCCGGGCAGGGAGGAGACCGGCACUCAGACAGGUGGCGACGGCAGAGGAGAGCCGGGUCGGUAUAAGCGCCAGCAGCCUCGCCACCCGUCAAGCUGUCCACAUCCCUGGCCUCAGCCCGCCACAUCACCCUGACCUGCUUACGCCCAGAUUUUCUUCAAUCACAUCUGAAUAAAUCACUUGAAGAAAGCUUAUAGCUUCAUUGCACCAUGUGUGGCAUUUGGGCCCUGUUUGGCAGUGAUGACUGCCUUUCUGUUCAGUGUCUGAGUGCUAUGAAGAUUGCACACAGAGGUCCAGACGCAUUCCGUUUUGAGAAUGUCAAUGGAUACACCAACUGCUGCUUUGGAUUUCACCGGUUGGCGGUAGUUGACCCGCUGUUUGGAAUGCAGCCAAUUCGAGUGAAGAAAUAUCCGUAUUUGUGGCUCUGUUAUAAUGGUGAAAUCUACAACCAUAAGAAGAUGCAACAGCAUUUUGAAUUUGAAUACCAGACCAAAGUGGAUGGUGAGAUAAUCCUUCAUCUUUAUGACAAAGGAGGAAUUGAGCAAACAAUUUGUAUGCUGGAUGGUGUGUUUGCAUUUGUUUUACUGGAUACUGCCAAUAAGAAAGUGUUCCUGGGUAGAGAUACAUAUGGAGUCAGACCUUUGUUUAAAGCAAUGACAGAAGAUGGAUUUUUGGCUGUAUGUUCAGAAGCUAAAGGUCUUGUUACAUUGAAGCACUCCGCGACUCCCUUUUUAAAAGUGGAGCCUUUUCUUCCUGGACACUACGAAGUUUUGGAUUUAAAGCCAAAUGGCAAAGUUGCAUCCGUGGAAAUGGUUAAAUAUCAUCACUGUCGGGAUGAACCCCUGCACACCCUCUAUGACAAUGUGGAGAAACUCUUUCCAGGUUUUGAGAUAGAAACUGUGAAGAACAACCUCAGGAUCCUUUUUAAUAAUGCUGUAAAGAAACGUUUGAUGACAGACAGAAGGAUUGGCUGCCUUUUAUCAGGGGGCUUGGACUCCAGCUUGGUUGCUGCCACUCUGUUGAAGCAGCUGAAAGAGGCCCAAGUACAGUAUCCUCUCCAGACAUUUGCAAUUGGCAUGGAAGACAGCCCCGAUUUACUGGCUGCUAGAAAGGUGGCAGAUCAUAUUGGAAGUGAACAUUAUGAAGUCCUUUUUAACUCUGAGGAAGGCAUUCAGGCUCUGGAUGAAGUCAUAUUUUCCUUGGAAACUUAUGACAUUACAACAGUUCGUGCUUCAGUAGGUAUGUAUUUAAUUUCCAAGUAUAUUCGGAAGAACACAGAUAGCGUGGUGAUCUUCUCUGGAGAAGGAUCAGAUGAACUUACGCAGGGUUACAUAUAUUUUCACAAGGCUCCUUCUCCUGAAAAAGCCGAGGAGGAGAGUGAGAGGCUUCUGAGGGAACUCUAUUUGUUUGAUGUUCUCCGCGCAGAUCGAACUACUGCUGCCCAUGGUCUUGAACUGAGAGUCCCAUUUCUAGAUCAUCGAUUUUCUUCCUAUUACUUGUCUCUGCCACCAGAAAUGAGAAUUCCAAAGAAUGGGAUAGAAAAACAUCUCCUGAGAGAGACGUUUGAGGAUUCCAAUCUGAUACCCAAAGAGAUUCUCUGGCGACCAAAAGAAGCCUUCAGUGAUGGAAUAACUUCAGUUAAGAAUUCCUGGUUUAAGAUUUUACAGGAAUACGUUGAACAUCAGGUUGAUGAUGCAAUGAUGGCAAAUGCAGCCCAGAAAUUUCCCUUCAAUACUCCUAAAACCAAAGAAGGAUAUUACUACCGUCAAGUCUUUGAACGCCAUUACCCAGGCCGGGCUGACUGGCUGAGCCAUUACUGGAUGCCCAAGUGGAUCAAUGCCACUGACCCUUCUGCCCGCACACUGACCCACUACAAGUCAGCUGUCAAAGCUUAGGUGGUCUUUAUGCUGUAAUGUGAAAGCAAAUAUUUCUUCCUGUUGUAUGGGGACUAUGGGUAGAUAGGGGAACAAUGAGAGUCAACUCAGGCUAACUUGGGUGUGAAAAAAAUAAAAGUCCUAAAUCUAAAA